AUGUCAACUACCUCUCUUCUUAGUGGUACGCUGCCGGAACUAACGUAUAACGUGUCUCCAAUCUCUGAUAAGACUAUAGUGAUCAAUAACCUUCUUCAUAUAAUUGAGCAAGAGUAUCAGAGAGGAAAUUCGACAGUGACGAAGGACAAAUACGAAACACUAAUCAAGCUUCGACAGGAAAGCAGCAAGUUGGACCAGAGAAGCUCUUCUAACCUAGAAAGUCCCGCUUUUCCAAAACCCUCAUAUCCGCCGAUUUUCCAUAAGUUUGUUCUUCCAAAAUCAGCUCCCGCCAAGAGGGACAGAAUCCAGAAACAGAAAAAGCGGCUUACGCUCAAGUCCAUUGAGAAUAUUUUAAUACCUACUUUGGAAGCCAUUGCUAACUUGCUAGACAAUCUUCAUCUUUUUUCCAAGUUGCCAAUGUUUCCUAAAACGUUAGUAAACCUCUUGAAGCAUACUAACAAACUAUGGAUUUUUAUUCUUGUUUUUUUAAUAAGAAAGACAGCUUCGCAGCUUCUCAAUGCCAUACGCAAGGAAAGAAAGGUUUUGGAUGAGUUAGCUGUUUUGAAGAAUAAUACAAACAGCCUUCUAUUAGAUGUGAAGAGAGGCAACGAGGGUGACUACAUUAAGAAACAUGAGAAAAUACUCAAGGACUUGAGAUUUGAUAAAAUGAUGUUGAAAAUUGAGCUUUUUGGUGAUUUUUUGGACUUGGCUUUUAACAUAAUUGAACUCUAUCUGUUCCCUGUACCUGAUUGGGUAAUGUCUACUUUAAAUUUCGCAAGUAUGGCAAUGACAGUAUACCGCAUGAAUAAAGAUGAUGAGUAUGCGGAUGACGAUAUUAGUGAAGAACUAAUCUAA